AGGGGGAGCAUCAGGACAGAUAGCUAAUGCUUGUGGGGCUUAAAACCUAAAUGAUGGGUUCAUAGGUGCAACAAACCACCAUGGCACUUGUAAACCUACAUAACAAACCUACACGUUCUACACAUGUAUCCCGGAACUUAAAGCAAAAUAAAAAUUUUAAGAAACAGUUAUCUAUUCCUUGGAAUAAUUGAACAAAUUGUUGAUUAUGCUUUAUCAUUUUUUAAAUGUACAUUUUGUCUUAAAAAUAUGUAAUAAUAUCCUUAACUCUGCCUCUUGGCCCAUAAAACCUAAAAUAUUUACUAUUGGCCUUUUACAAAAAAGGGUUGCCGACCCCUAGUCUAGGUCAUAACUUUUCUAAAGAUCAAAAAUAUAUUCUAAAUUUCACUUUCCUGUGUGCUACCUGAAAUAAGUAUUCCAUCAACCAACUUGUUAAUUCGAGUUUACAUCAGAUACUAAAUGGCUUAAAUUUAGUUAUCCAAGUAAGACAUAUCCAUUUCAUUGGCCUAUCAAGUAGUUUAUAACUCCAAAAAAAUUUUAUUUACUUACAGAAACUCUAUGGUACUUACUCUAUCCAUAUAUUUUCACUAUACAUAUGACCAUUCACAUGUAAUAUUCCCUGCUGUUUACCCCUUCCUAAAUUCACAUAAUUUAUGCAUGGAACCAAUCCUUAUCCCCUUCAAUCAAAUUACUAAAUUUUUACUUAGAGCAAAUGAUAUAAUUUGGUCUUAUUCUAUUUAAUUUCCCCCAUUUUGUUAUUUAGAGUUCUAGCAUCAGGAAAGUAUCAUUCUUAAGUUUUGGCCCGGCUGUCAAACCUGAGCAGAUCAACUUAAUUAGAGAGAACCAAGAUGAUGUCAAUGCCCAUUUACAUUUUAAGAUGAGGGAUAAAUGAUCUUGUAUAAAAUGUUUGUCAUUUCUGAGAGUGAGAAAUAAUGUGUAUACAGAAAAUGGUUUCCAAACUACAGAGUUUCUGAAGAAAUCUCCCUAGAUAGAAAGAUUUCUGUCUACAAGAUGGAGUGGGAUGCUUCUGUGUGUUUCUUGGGUGGGAAAGUCUGUGAAUUUAAUAAUUAAAAUAAUGACUCUUGGCCGGGCAUGGUGGCUCACGCCUGUAAUUCCAGCACUUGAGAAGGCUGAGGUGGGAGGAUCCCUUGAACCCAGGAGUUUGAGACCAGCCUCAGAAACAAAGUGACACCCGUCUCUACAAAUAAUUAUUUAAAAAUCAGCCUGCCGUGGUGGUGGGCACCUGCAGUCCCAGCUCCUUGGGAGGCUGAGCUGGAUCACUUGAUCCCGGGAAGUCAAGUCUGCCCUGAGCUGUGAUCCUUCCACUGCACCCCAACCUGGGCGACAGAGUAAGAUCGUUUCCUUAAAAAAAAAAAAAAAAAAAAAAAAAAAAGGCCGGGCGCGGUGGCUCAAGCCUGUAAUCCCAGCACUUUGGGAGGCCAAAGCGGGUGGAUCAUGAGGUCAAGAGAUCGAGACCAUCCUGGUCAACAUGGUGAAACCCCGUCUCUACUAAAAAUACAAAAAAUUAGCUGGGCAUGGUGGCGCGUGCCUGUAAUCCCAGCUACUCAGGAGGCUGAGGCAGGAGAAUUGCCUGAACCCAGGAGGCGGAGGUUGCUGUGAGCCGAGAUUGCGCCAUUGCACUCCAGCCUGGGUAACAAGAGCGAAACUCCGUCUCAAGGAAAAAAAAAAAGUACAACUCUGUCCUUCACCUAGCUCAGAGACUGAGAAAUUGAUUCAAAAGAAGUUUUGGUGCUUGCUUCCCGUGGUAACAAGGGAGACUGGGACGUGAUUAAUUAAACACAUUUCCUCCACGAAGAGGAUGGACAAGUUCCUUUUUUAGGAAGGAAAAAAGGAGGAGCGUUGAUAGUAGGGAUCUUCCACAGAGGGGUAAAGUUAAGGAGACGGGAAUGAAGGGUAAGAACAAAGGGUGAGAAGCAAAAUGGUAAAAGGCGAAAUUGAGGAAGUGGGUGUUUCAAUAGUAGAGAGAAUCAUAGACGCAAAUUCGUCCUUUCAUGCUCCCGCACGGCUCAGGUUGGGGAAUUUAAGUCUUAAAUACAAGCGCGCCCUAAUCCUAUCCACUUCCCACAAGAAACUUUCACGCAACCUCGGCCAGGGCCGGCGCCUCACAGCACACGCGCAGAUUCGUUUUUCUUUUGGUGACUGACAGGAAGCGGAAGCCGUGCGUGGGCGGCCGUUUCUAGUGCGCUUGCGUGGGAGGCCUUGUGUAGUGCGCCUGCGUGGGAGGCCGUGUGUAGUGCGCCUGCGUGGGGGGCCGUGUGUAGUGCGCCUGCGCGGGAGGCCGUGUGUAGUGCGCCUGCGCGGGAGGCCGUGUGUAGUGCGCCUGCGCGGGAGGCCGUGUGUAGUGCGCCUGCGCAGCCACGAAUCGCCGCUCACCGUCUGUGUCUCUAAUCGCCCAGCGUUGACCGUUUGAGUCGCGGCUCAUGCCCUCAGUCUCCCGGUCCCGCUAUUCCGAGGACAUCCUGAGCUCUCGUAGACGGCGACGCAGCUCCUCGGGGAGCCCACCAUCCGCGCGGAGCAGACGUUCCUCUAGGGACGGCCGUGAGGGCUUCAGGUCUCCUUGUAGUGAGUCUGGCGUGGGCGCUCUUUACCCCUGUUGUACCUCUGGGUCGCAGGAGCGGCCCCCGGGGCUCCGCACCUACGCUUUACCUUCCUCCUCCUUGACCUCGUAUAGCGGAUGUCGCCACCGUCACCACCGCCAUGCGGAAGAACGGCAGUGGGUGGAAGACUACACGAAGGAUGCGCAGAGGAGGCUGAAGGAGAGAGAGAGGAUUGGGGAGUUGGGAGCGCCUGAGGUGUGGGGCCUGUCUCCAAACUUCCCUGAACCAGAUUCUAAUGAACAUAGCCCAGUUGAGGAUGAAGAGGUAAAGCAUAGGAGGAGCAGCGGCUCAGACUCCAGCUCGGAAGAAAACGGGAAAAAGAAGACCAGUCGUUCAAGAAACAAGAAAAAAAGAAAGAAUAAGUUGUCUAAAAGAAAACAUAGGAAGUCUUCUGAUGAUAGUGACGGUAACUCAAACCCAGAAAAAAAGUCUAACUCUGAUGAUGAUAAAAAGAGAGUUAAAAAAGCCAAGAAGAAAGAGAAGAAAAAGAAACACAAAACAAAAGAACCCAAGAAAAAGAAUAAGACUGAAAAAGAAUCUAGUGACUCAAGCUGUAAAGGUUCACAAGAGGAGUUGUCUGAAGAUACGUGGACGGAGCAGCCAAAUAUUGCAGAUACUAUGGAUUUAAUAGGUCCAGAAGCACCUAUAACACAUACCUCUCAAGAUGAGAAACCUUUGAACUAUGGCCAUGCUUUGCUCCCUGGUGAAGGUGCAGCUAUGGCUGAAUAUGUAAAAGCUGGAAAGCGAAUCCCACGAAGAGGUGAAAUUGGGUUGACAAGUGAAGAGAUCGCUUCUUUUGAAUGCUCAGGUUAUGUCAUGAGUGGUAGCAGGCAUUGCAGAAUGGAGGCUGUACGACUACGUAAGGAGAACCAAAUCUAUAGUGCUGAUGAGAAGAGAGCUCUUGCAUCCUUUAACCAAAAAGAGAGACAAAAGAGAGAAAAUAAGAUUUUAGCCAGUUUUCGAGAGAUGGUGUACAAAAAGACAAAAGGGAAAGAUGGCGAGUAAGGGCUU